AUGCACGCUUUCUCUUUCUUACUAGUUCUCUCCUCCAUCGGCGCCCACGCCGUGCCUCUACUCCAUCCUCGGGCCAAUGACACCCUGAAGGGCAGAGAAGUGCCGUAUUCUAUCGUCAAUGUUGGCGACGAAUCGGGCACCAGUCUAACUCCCGCUCUCGAAACCGUGACCGUCGUCCAUCCGCCUCCGCCUGUGACGCUCACGGUGACUCAGACCCGGUCAGCGAUUCCUUCAUCCUCGGGCUUCGUCGUCCCUCCCGCCUGGAGUAUUGGACCAAUUCCGACAGGCACUCCUGGCGGUAAGCCCGAGAUCAAUCCCCGCGGGUUCAAUACUAGCAAGAGAUCCUCGCCCAACCUCAAACGAUCCACCGUGGCCAACAGCACCGAGCCUCGAAGUCUCGCAGCUCGCAGCAAUGGUACCGAGACCAGUAACCUGCAUGCUCGCAGCAAUGCUACAUCUCACGGGCUCGGAGCCCGUAGUAACAUGGUUGCUUCUCUUCUCCGAGGGCGCAGCGACAAAAACGGCACCACCACCACCAAACUCAGUGCUCGCAGCAACGGCAGUGAAACUCGGACCCUCCUUGCCCGUGGCGACAGCACCAACCAUGGGCGGAGCUUGAACAGCACAUUGCCAGUCUGA